AUGAAGGGGCCCCUCACCGGGCUGGCCAGCUGGGACGCCAUCAAGGCGGUCAGUACAACCGGGGCGCAGGGCGUGAUGUCGGCGGAGGGCAACCUGCACAACCCGGCGCUGUUCGCGGGCUCGCACCCGGCCGUGUGGGAGGUGGCCGACGAGUACCUCCGGCUGGUGCGCCGCUACCCGUGCCCGCUCAGCUACGCGCGCGGCCACGUCUUCAAAAUGCUCCACUAUUGUCUCCUGAUGCCGGCCAAUCACGACGUACGUGCGCUUGCGGCGCGUGCCAAUCGGCUGGAGCAGCUGGAGGAGGCCGUCAGCCUGCUGCGAGAGCGCUAUCAUCGCUACACGGAGGAGGGAGGACCGGUGUGGAGUCCCGGACCUGGAGACGAGGUGGCGGGCCGGCUACCUCUCUCGCCGUUCCUGUGUCAGCCGCACGAGCGCGAGCCGAUCGCCCAGCACCUUAAGAAGAUGGAGGCGAACCAGGAGAAGCAGCGGCGCGAGCGUCAGCUGCGUCUGCUGACGGAUCAGCCGCCGCCGGAGACCAAGCGGCCGCGCCAGGAGGACGCCGCCGUUGUCAGCAAGCGCAAGCAGAAGAAGAUGGCGCGCGGCGUCAAGAUCGGCGUCAACCGCGUGCUGAUGGAGCGCUGCGGCCUCUGCUGCAACCCCAGGGGCCAGCGCUGCCCGUACCAGCUGUGCAGAGUGCACUGUCGCAACAAAUGCUACGAGGAGAAUCUCGACUGUGUCGGCCACCGGAUCCUCUGCAAAACCAAACGGCAGAAAGCCCAGCAGCGGAACAGCAUUCCCGAGGCGCCGAACGGGGCCAAGUGCCACGAGCUCGCGGCCGAGGGCGGCGAGGAUCAGAAGGCCGUCGGGGUCGGGGGUCACGAGGGGAACGUGGCGCGGGUGGACCGCGCGUGUGAUGUUGAAGUCAGAGGUCAGGGUGAUGAUGGAUCGGAGUCGGCGGAGGCUGGAGGUGAGAGGGAAGGACGGUCGAGUGAGGUAAGGUGUACAGCCGGGGUGGGCUCGCCCGGAGCGUCGGCCGAUGAUCGGAUUAGCCGGGCGCCGGCUUCGACCACCCCCCGACCGACCGAAGUGGACUUGUCCGGGUCCGGGCCCAGCUGAUACCGUACGUCGUUAGGCGAUUCGGGCGAAUUUCGGCCGCGGUGCCUUAUGGGCCUCGUCAGUUGUUGCGUUGGGAUGCUGAAGUCAUUCUGCCGCCCGAAUGUCGGUUUUUGUGCGAAAUCUGUUCCAAUCUGCGCUGCUGACACCGCUGAACGUUGUCCUGUAUUGCGGUAUUGCACUAUAUGUCAAAAAUCACUGCUGGAGACGUCUCUUUUAUACAUCCCCAUAAAUAAUGCCGGUGCGUGCGGCGGCUACAAAAUGGCCGUCGACAGGCGACCAAUUUGGCCUUCUCACCUGUCGUCGCUGUGAGCUGCGGGGUGAGCACGGGCUUACCUCCCAUGAGCAGUGGCUCAGCUCCGUCGAAUAUCGGACGGCAGCCGACGCUGCGGGGCGCACGCCGAGUGGUGUGCGAGUGCUGGGAGAGGACUUCAGUCGCGCACUGGUUGGGCGGCGGGGGCGACGGAUGGGCAGUGGUAGCUGAUGACGUCUGGCUUGAGUGGCGUACUGAUGACGUCCUGAGUGACGUGCUGACGUCAGCCGUUGCGUCAGAAAUGGCGACGUCUUCUGGAUGUUCGACGUGUGACGCGUCACAUCCGCCGCCGUGUUGGGUUAGGGGUGGGUAUCGGAAGUGGAUGACGAAGACGGUGCUGGCGUUUGAAAUACAGACUUGCGGUUUGGCGAGCGAGUUGAGGUCUUGCGAAGUGUAGGGACGUUUACAGUUGGAGAGGUCCGAGUCCGUCCCCAUUCUUAUCCGUGACUCGCCCCCACCGGGCUCAUGAUCAGCUUCCCAGCCGUGGAAACCUUGGUAAUACAAAUCUACGUCUAAAGAUGGAGAGGUCCGAGUCCGUCCGCCUCCUCACCCGUGACUCGCCUCCACCGAGAUCAUGAUCAGCGUAUCAGCCGUGGACGCCGGGUAAUACAAAUCUACGUUUACAGAUGGAGAGGUCCGAGUCCGUCCGCCUUCUUACCUGUGACUCGCCCCCCACCGGACUCAUGAUCAGCUUCUCAGCCGUGGACACCGGGGUAGUACAAAUCUACGUUUACAGAUGGAGAGGUCCGAGUCCACUCGCCUCCUUACCUGUGACUCGCCCCCGCCGAGCUCAUGAUCAUUUUUCUAGCCGUGGACACCGGGGUAAUACAAAUCUGAGCGGUACAAUGGAAGCAAACGGAAAGUCGUGGUGGAGCUACACUUCGUUUUGUACGCAAAUGACAAGAUCAGCCAUGGAGAAAACGGCAUAUAAUGAUACAUUAGGUAGAUCAGCAACGAGCUGAUCUGAUUUAUGUUCACCUCAAAAUUGCAAUUUGUACUUACUGAUGAUGUCUACUAAUUUGUUGUUGUCUAAUUCUGCUGAAGGUAUGCCAAAAGCCGGGAUUAUGUAAUGUUAUUUUGGUUUUUGCUGAUAGGAAUAUUGCCCACGCUACAAAUGAUGCCCUUCUUUCAUCGGGGUGGUCCACAGUCCUCACGACCUCUGUUUCGAAACCAAGCUAAGCUGGCUUGCCGUUUUCAGCUUUAUAGAAGGCUUCCACAGGCCAGAAAGUCAGAACUGGAUGUGAUCUAGAAAUGUCUGGUGUAGUUACCUUCUCCAGGCUGUCAUUUAGUAGAGCGAUCACGUACAAGAAACCAGCCCUUAAAGACAACACCGUGGAAACGGUGCCAUAUGUGGUGCUGUUCUAGAAGGACGCCAUUCUGCCCACUUUGCAGUGCGGGGAAUACGGGGAGUGCGGGUGAUGGGCACAAACACGUAAGGCGGCGUAUGUCUGGCAUACGUUUAUUUUCAUACAGCCACGGUCAUGCAAUGUCAGCGAACCUGCCAGGCACGAUCGGACAUCAUUCACACGGUGCACGCGAACGCCAGCGUUGCUCCAUGCCAUCAUUAACGCCACAUAUGUUUACGGGCUGCGAUCUCGGUCUCGGGGACAACAGGGCAAAACAGGACACAACUUUGCAACAGGGCGAAACUUUGCUGUGCUAGUAAUGACCAGCUUAGCAUGAGGGAAGGUCCGGAGUCAGCCCCGUCAAAUCUGUCCAUUAGUCCCUAGUCGAAUAGUCCAGUAGCCCCGUCAAAAAAGUCCUUUCACCGGGGAGGUCACCGCUCUCACGAUAGGGACCACGCGCGGCGAGCGCGGGUGCGUGUGCUUCGUCGUCAUCGCCGGCAGCAGCUGUUCGUCGCCUCCAGCGCCGGCGUGUACUGGCACAGGACGUUGAUCAUGUGGUUGGAGUAGUACGCCCGCAGCGUCUCUCCGACGUGCGUCUGGUCGUAACACUCCACGGACGGCUACGAAAGUUUUAGGGUGAGCCUUACCCAGCCGCAGGCACACGUUCUGCUGGAAGUUGGCUGAUUCCGGAAUGGAGCAAAGAAACAGUAAACUUAGAAAUAUGUCUUUUGGGGAGGGAGUGUAGCAACUAGUGCGCGCCCUUGUUAACCGGUGUUAUUAGGGCUAUGUCACAAGCAAUUUUAGUUAAAAGAUGUCCAGCAAUAUAAGUUCCGUUCCUUGACUUAUUCACUAGUAGCAGGAACGAAUUCGGGUCGUUACCUGGAUAAUCGUUAACAUUCAGCGCUUCAAGAACGCCACCGUUGUCCUGCUUGCGUUCAAGUAUUUGUUACAAAAACAACUUACAAC